UUUUCUGUUUUACGAGUCUUUUUGGCUUCCUUGGUUGGCUACUUGAGAGUUUCGUUGGUUUUUCUUUGUUUAUUUUUUCCUAACAUUUUUCUUUCCUUUUUUUAUUUGCAAAAAUUUAAUAGAUUGAAGAUUUUAGGGUAUUAUGAUGUUACAACGACAGAAAUACAUAGCUUCUCACUGGCUCAAUUUCCCCAUUCCACAAGCAUAGAAUCAAAGCAAACCCAACAUCCUACUUAAUUCAUGAUGUCCUACCCAUUUCUUCAUAUACACCAAACCCAAUCCUCUAGCACAAGAAUCCCAUAAGAUAAAAGAACAUCCUUUUCUGGUUCUAUAAUUUUCUUCUUGACAGAGAAUGCACAGAAGAGAGGAUGAUGGCAACAGCAGCUCUCUGCGGCCUCUGGACAUAUGCUGUCGGCUUCUUAAAUUUGUGGUUGCUAAACUACGGAUAUUAAGAAAGAAAGAGAUGAAUGAAGAUGAGCCUGAGAGGAACAAACUGAUCAAGAAGGGAUCAAGGACUGACAUCACUAUUCAUUUCAAGCAAAUAGAAGACUCCAAAGAUAAUUGCAAAUCCAAGAACAAUUCCCCAGGCUCGUCAAGCCAAGAAUCAGAGAGAGAGACAAAGAUCACACUAGCAAAUGGUACUAACGGCCCUAAGAAGAGGUUACUUGAGAAGGGGAAAAAGAUCACGUUGGGUGAGCCGAUCCCCACGCAACAAAUCACCCAGCCUGAAGCAGCGAAACCACCACCACAACCUCAUAGACGUAUGAUGAGGCCCCUUCUAAAUGAUAUAAAUAAGAAAUCAGAUGCUUUUAUUGAAAGUACACUCGAGAAGAUGAGAAAAAGCUUAGCUUAGAACCAAACAAAUUGAGCCUC